CUUACCAGGGGAUAAAGUGUCCGGUCCGAAAGUUUAAUUUUUUAUUUUGUUUUGUUGUUCUGUUUAAAAGAAGAUUGUAAGGAAGCUUCGAGAGCUCAAAACGAAAAAUAGCCGAGUUUCAAAGUUAUUUCGAGUUUGUUUAUAAUAAAACGAGAAGUCGAGUUAACGAUGAAGACGUUCUUCGUGAUCGCCGCCAUCCUCGUCGCCGGAUCGAGAGCCCAGGAGAGUUUCAAAUGUCCCGACGACUUCGGUUUCUAUCCCCACCACUCAUCGUGCGACAAGUACUGGAAAUGCGACAACAACGUCGCGGAACUCAAGACAUGCGGUAACGGUCUCGCGUUCGACGCGACGGAUGGGAAAUUCCUGACUGAGAAUUGCGACUACUUGCACAACGUCGAGUGCGGGGAGAGGACACAGCUCGAGGAGCCGAUUUCGACCCCGCACUGCACCCGGCUCUACGGCAUCUUCCCUGACGAAAAGAAAUGCGACGUCUUCUGGAACUGCUGGAACGGUGAAGCCUCUCGGUACCAAUGCAGUCCCGGACUCGCCUACGACCGCGAGGCCCGCGUUUGCAUGUGGGCUGAUCAAGUGCCCGAGUGCAGGAACGAAGAGGUAGCAAACGGCUUCACUUGCCCGGCGGCCGGCGAGAUCAGCGGUGCUUCCGGUAGCUUCUCGAGACACGCGCACCCCGACGACUGCAGAAAAUAUUACAUCUGCAUCGAAGGAAUCGCCAGAGAAUACGGCUGCCCGAUCGGCACGGUCUUCAAAAUCGGCGACAGCGACGGCAGCGGAGCCUGCGAAGACCCUGAAGACGUUCCCGGAUGUGAGGAUUACUACGGAGACUUGGACUUGAAGACCAUCAGGAAGAGCGAGCUGUUGGCAGGAAUAUCGAGCUCAGGAGAGACAAGGAACUCGCCCAAACCGCAAAACAAACCGAGACCAACGCCGGUAGCAUCGAGGCCCGCGCCCAUUCAGGAAUAAUUAUCUUCACUCCUCCUUCCUGUAACCAUCCUCGAACAAAAACAAAUCCAAUAAAUUAAAUCAUUCUUCGCGGCCAUCGGCCAAAAUCCCAUCCAUGACGUGUCUUCGCUGUGCCGAAUUCGUUGAAAAAAUGAUGAAAGCAUACUUCGGUACGCGAAUACGACAAUUUAACAAUAUUUCAAAUGACUCGAUGAUUCCAACUUGGCGAAUCCGAGCUUUCGUUUCCUUCCGUGGAUGGAGAAUAGACAGAGAAAGAAAGAUGCCACGAGCCUCGACCAGCUCGUGGCGACCCAUUCGAAUAUUUUCCCUCAGAGCCCUUUUCCUUCUCCCCCUUCUCAGUCCCACUUUCCCCUCCCUCUUCUCUUUUCCAGCAUCCCCAAAACUCUCUACCUUAAUUUUUAAAUGACAAAAAAACGAAAUAAUACAAAAUAAAAAAAAUCUCAAAAAUA